UCCUCUUCUUUCCAGCCUCAAAAUAGUUUUACUCAUUUGCACAAAUACAUCUUCUCUUCAAUCAAUAUUCAUCUCCACCUUGCCCACUCGUCCCAUCGUUUAUAUAUAUAAAACCAUGGGAGGUUGUGCAAGCAGACCCAAGGACUUGGAUGUCAAACAGGAGCCCCUCCCAGCCGAGGAUACCACCACCGCAAAGCCAGUCGAGGGCGAGACUGUUCCACAAGAGGUCAAUGGAGGAGAGAGCAAGAAGGAAGAAGAGCCUUUGGUAGAUCUUUCUGAACCGGCUAAGGAGGUUGCCAAGAGCGAAGUGCCAUCCACCGAAUCAAAGCCUGUCGAGGAGGCCAAAGCUGGUUCGGAGGUGGCUAAGCCUUCAGAGCCCAUUGAGAAGACUGCCGAGCCAGCAGAAAACAAACUCGAGGCUGCAAAUGAAAUGAAGGAGGAGAAGAAAGAAGUACAAGGUGGCGAACCAAAGAAGGUCGAAGAAGUUGCCGCCCCAAUCUUAGAAGACAAAAGUGAUGCUCCUCUUGUUACCCUGUGAUCAUGAUCAUCAUCAGUGCUGUUAAACUCAUGUAUUAUUGAUAGAAAAAGCCAGAAUUGCGCGCAAGUGUGUGUAAUCAUAAUGCAGAUAUGAUCAUAUUUACACAGCUUGGUUUCUUGGGGCUCAUGUUGGAAUGACCUGCAUCAAAUAAAUAAAUAAAAAAAAAGAAGGAAAAUUAUAGUUUAUUAAUGAAA